AUGAGCGCCAGCAGCACAGUCGUAGGGCGGCCUAGAGCAGCGCGGAUUGCGCCCAAGCCGCCAUGCAGCGUCGUCGCCGCCGCCGCCGCCGCCGCCGCUUCCGCUGUCACGUGCCGCCGCCCGACAAUAGCCUUUGCCGCCGGCAGGCCGAGGCGACGGAACGCGGCUGUUGUCGCCGCGGGCGCUGGCAGCCCGUCGGCGCCGACGGAGCCCGCAUUCACCUCGCUCAUCCCCGAGACCCUAGAAGAGCUGGACAGCGACGAGGAGCUGCAGCAGCUGCAUGCCCGCAUCCAGCAGGAGGGGCAGGCGGCGCUGACGAGGGAGGAGCAGCAGCGGCGGCAGCGGUCGCUGGACCGUCUGGGGGUGGCGCCAUUUGGCCAAGUGCUGAAGGCUUCAGGAGUGAGCCCGCUGGUGCGCCGCCCCACCGCCGUCUUCCAGCUCAACAUAGGCCUCUACUGCAACCAAGCCUGCCGCCACUGCCACGUGGAGUCGUCGCCUAAGCGCACCGAGAUGAUGAGCCAGGAGGUGGCGGAGCGCUGCGUGCACCUGAUGGAGCGCGCGGCGGCGGCAGCCAGCAGCAGCAGCAGCAGCAGUGGGACCGGCAGCAGCGGGAAGCUGAUUGUGGACUUGACCGGCGGGGCGCCUGAGCUGACGCCGCAGUUCAGGCAAGGGUACCUGGUGCGCGAGGCGCGGCGGCUGGGCCAUGAGGUGAUCGACCGCUGCAACCUGACAGUGCUCCUGGAGCCCGGCCAGGAGGACCUGGCCGCUUUCCUGGCAGACCACAGCGUGCGCGUCGUGGCCUCCCUGCCCUGCUACUCUGCUGAGAACGUGGACAGCCAGCGUGGCGGCGGCGUCUUCCGCCGCUCCAUCGCCGGCCUGCAGGCGCUGAAUGCCGUAGGGUACGGCCAGCCCGGCUCCGGGCUGUCGCUGGAUCUCGUGUACAACCCCGGGGGCGUGUUUCUGGCGCCGCCCCAGGCCAAGCUGGAGCCUGUGUACAAGCAGGAGCUUGCCGACAACUUUGGCAUCACCUUCAAUUCGCUGCUGUGCCUCAACAACAUGCCCAUCAAGCGCUGGGCGGAUCACCUGGUGAAAGAGGGCAAGCUGGAGGAGUACAUGGCGCUGCUGGUGGACAGCUUCAACCCGGCUGCCGCGGAGGGCGUGAUGUGCCGCGACACAAUCAGCGUGGGCUGGGACGGCAGGCUGUACGACUGCGACUUCAACCAGCAGCUGGAGCUGGGGCUCACCACGCCCGGCCUGCGCACCGUGUUUGAUGUCGAGUCGCUGGAGGAGCUGACAGGCCAGCGCAUCGCUGUGGACAGCCACUGCUUUGGGUGCACCGCGGGGGCGGGCAGCAGCUGCCAGGGCGCGACGUCAUGAGGGCCCCGAGGCUAUCCGUGCGUUUCCCCAUCAGAAUGACGCAAACCAAGUAUCAGCACUGCAAUCACAUACUAGUCUGCAUGUCUGCCAUUUUUUCUUUCAUUCUCUGCCGCCAUCCCUUGCCUGUGGAGCGCGCUUCCGAGACAAGCGUGGCCAGCCUUCUUCUGUCCUUUCGUUUCCGACGAUGAAGUUUUCUGAGCGCCCGUUCUACCAGAUGCAUUUCAAAUUGUGCCCGCCCCUCUGUGAACACGUGAACAAC